AUGUUAGGGGAAGAGAAUAAGGAUAGGCCUGCCGGAGGGAGUUGGAAAACAUACUCACGGUCUGUUUCGUGGAGUGAUGGAUCACCUAGAAAGACAAAUUCUAGGCCACAAUGGAACAGCAAGGCUCGGGCUUGUUUGCCGCCCCUUCAGCCUCUUUCGGUUACUAGACCUAGCGGGGAGGAAUGGCCGAGGGCCGGCUCGGAUGAUAUUGGCAUAUGGGCGAACCCCCCUACUACUCCUGGUGCAAGGCUUGGAUCAAUGACGCCUCGUGGAAAUUCAAAUUCAGAACAACCUCCUAGAGAAUUUGAAUUCAAGAAAGAUAAGCUCGCAUUCUUUGAUAAGGAAUGCUCAAGAAUUUUGGAUCACGUAUAUUUAGGAAGUGAUGCUGUUGCUAAGAAUCGUGAAAUUUUAAAGCAGAAUGGAAUAACCCAUGUGCUGAACUGUGUGGGGUUUGUUUGCCCUGAAUAUUUCAAGAAUGAGCUUGUUUACAAGACACUUUGGCUGCAGGAUAGCCCGUCCGAGGAUAUCACGAGCAUUUUCUAUGAUGUUUUUGAUUAUUUUGAAGAUGUUAGAGAACAAGGUGGGCGAGUCCUUGUUCACUGUUGCAAAGGGGUGUCACGAUCGGCCUCUUUGGUUAUUGCUUAUCUUAUGUGGAAAGAUGGCCAGAGCUUUGAGGAAGCAUUCCAGCACGUUAAAACAGCACGAGGAGUGACUAACCCGAAUUUGGGAUUUGCCUGUCAACUUUUGCAGUGCCAGAAGCGGGUACAUGCCUUGCCUCCAAGCCCCUCUUCGGUUCUUCGUAUGUAUCGAAUGGCACCUCACUCCCCGUAUGAUCCCCUUCAUCUUGUUCCGAAAAUGUUGAGUGAACCAGGGUCAGAAAGACUUGAUUCUCGUGGAGCUUUCAUUGUUCAUGUUCCUUCAGCAAUAUUCAUCUGGACAGGGAAGCAUUGCUCCAAAGUGAUGUCAGAUAAAGCCAGGUCAGCUGCAUCUCAAAUUAUCCGUUAUGAAAGGGCCUGGGGUCCGGUUAUAACUGUCAACGAAGAUGAAGAAACAUCUGAAUUCUGGGUUGCUCUUGACUUGAAAAAACAGUUAGCAGAUGGUUGUGUCACAGAGAUAACAGAAGACAGAAUUGGCCCUUCAGUUUGUCCGUCCAUCUGUCAAAGGAAAGUUGAUGAGUAUGAUCAAGAUUUCGGAAUUUUUUACAAAGCACUAACCGGUGGAAUUGUUCCACCUUUUCCCUUAUCAGGAAGUGGAUCCGAGACAUGCAUACCUGCUAGAGAAAAUGGUUGGAGCAGAUUGAGAAGAAAGUUGACCAGUGAUAUUAUGAAAGAACUUAUUGCGUCGUCUAAAUUGAAUUGCAAUUUGACUCAAGCAAGUGAUAAAGCAGAUACAAUAGAUACUUGUAAAGAAGUUCUGUUGCCUUCUAGUCCUCAGUGCGAUUCACCUGAUUCCUUUGCUUCGUACAAAACUGGCAGCCCUGUUGCACUAAUGGAGAAAGUGGAAUACUCAGUUCCCCUUACUGAUACUGUACUGUCACCAUCACCUUCGCUCAAUUCAUUGGAUUCUUUUAGUUCUUAUCUUGUGAAUAAACCGAAGUUUAAUUCGACAUCCCCAUCACUCUCUCCUUCAACCUCAGAUUAUUCAAGUUCAUUUAACUUUUCACCCUCAUCGUCUAACUGGUCAGACUUAUCAUAUUUGUCAGCUCACCCUUCACCUUCUGGACUAGAGUCCAAAGAUCCUGUUAAGAGCGGUUCCUCAGAGGAAAGUGCAUGUUUACCUCUUGGAGCAUCUUCCCCUCCACUGGAAGAAGCAUUUUCCGCUACUCAUGCUUUGAGAGCGGCAAGUUUUUCAUUUAGAGGAACGUCACCCUCCCUUGCUGAGCGCAGAGGAAGCAGUCUUCCUCCUCGGAUGAUGUUACCUUCGGUGGACGAGGCAUCACAUGCUUCCACCAUUUCGAUGAAUUUGUCGUUUUACGUAGAAGAUGAUAUUAUGCAGGAUAUUGAACACAAUAACUUUAAACAUGAUAGAUCUUUGGAGACAAAUAGAGAAGAGCCAACGUAUGUUGCUCACAGCUAUGCUGCUGACAAUGAUCCGUUUGAGUUUUGA